AUGAACAGUAACGGUUCGCCGGCGCACUCCUCAGUCUCCACUACGGCCGUCGUUGGCGGCGGCGGGAGCAGUAGCAGCGCUUUGGAAGAUUUCCACUUCCCAUCUGAUCUCAUCUCCAUUCAGGAUCGCAAAGACGAGGCAAUGCUUGCUCUGAAAGCUGAUUUAGCAGCUUCACUUAACAAGGUGGUUAGCUCAUUGGAUGAAGAUAACUGGAAAUUUGAAGGACCUCGUUCGCGUAUAAACCUUGUAUCUAGACCAGGUGGGUUUCUGAACAAGAAGAUCGAAGCAACGAAGAAGUAG